UCGAUAAUCACAACGUUCGGGUUGUUUGCUAUAUCUGCAAGUGAUAGUUCUGUUAAUUUUGCCUGUUGCUGAGCGUAGUUCAUUUUAAAGCACUGAUCGAGCUUUCUCAGGUAGAUAGUAUGUCUAAGGAUGGAGAGACGCAGUACUAUUUCGAUGAUUUUGGGCCUAGAUAUAGUGAUUUGCCGAUGGAGAUUCUGGUCAAAAUAUUUCGGUAUUUGAAUGUAGGCGACAGGUUUGCUGUUGGUAUGACCUGCAAACGAUGGCUGGAAGCAACACAAUAUCAAUUAUUUGUAAAUGACGUCUGUCUCCACUUUCAUAAGACCUUCUUCAGCGAUAGCACCAGUCCUGUUUGUGAGUUGUUGAAAAGCUCACGAAAUUUUCAGAAUAUUGUAUUGUCGCAGGUCGAAUUCAACGGAACUGAACAGUUCUUUUCGCGUUUUGGUGAAAACAUUUAUGAACUGAGCUUAAAAGCAUGUGAUAUACGGGAAAAAUCAUUCUACGGUAUUUUAGUUAGCGUUCCCAAUUUACGGGUACUACGCGUCGAAGGGUGCCAAGAACUGAUGAUGUCGGGGAGGUUGUUUGAGUCUGUCAAAGAGACAAAACUAGCUCAUACUUUGCAAAACGUUAUCACACUGAGCUUAGCUUACGGUCGAUAUCUUUCCGAUGCUCUAUUCCGACGCAUCGUGGCCCAGACACCUAAUCUAGAAAGUCUGGACUUAAGUGGAUGCUCGAUUUCCUUUCAUAAAGGAUUGUAUCGGAAGUUUUAUCCGGGUCGACCGGAUGACGCCUCCGAGAGUGUUCUGACUUUUCACUUCAUAUCGCAGUUCAUCGAGAGUCAGGCAGAUAAACUAAAAACAUUGAACUUCAGCUCCACACUAAUGGACGGAGAUUCGUUGGAAGCGCUAGCAUCAAUCGAGAAACUACAACUUGAUUCGCUUGAUCUGAAUUCAUGUGAUCAGUUAACAAGUUUGGGAAUCGCGGCACUAGCCCAGAAGCAGAACACGCUGCAACACUUGAAUUUCUCAAAAUCGGUUCGUUUCACCGAUGCUUGUCUGCAGAAAAUCUGUAUGCAUCUUCCUAACUUGAAAUCGAUUAAGAUACGCCGCUGUCGAGCAUUAACUGAUCUGGGAGUCAAAGAGUUAGUGAAUCUACGCAAGUUACAGGUGUUGGAUAUUUCCGAAUGUGAAUCGGUAACCGGCCAGGGAAUUAUCAAAGGCAUCGCAUCUGCACCGAAUUUGGUUCUUCUCGAGCUGUACGUGAGUGCGUUGAAUUUGUGUGAAAGUUCUGUAACUAAAAUCGCUGAAAAUUUUCCCACUUUGCGAGUGUUGGAUCUGAGCUAUUGCUUCCAUUCUGUAUCCGAUCGCUGCUUACAGAUGAUUUUCCAAAAUUUGAUCUGGCUUAGACAUCUGAACCUGGAUUAUUGCGACAAGAUCUCCGAUAGAGCGAUGACAGGUGUCGGAAUGCUAGCAAAAGAACAGGAUAAUGUGAGCAGUAAAACUACAGAGGAUGUUCCAGUUGAAAUUAGUACGCAAAAUGUAGUGGAAAUCCAACUUGUGCCAUCUACCAUAGGCAGGAUUUUUCCGAGAAAUGCAACAGACGAACCGUUGAAAAUUUCUAUUCGAAGCAAAGCGGAACAAGAAAUCGUCAAUGAUGCCAUGCAGAAACGAGCCAUAAUGGAGAUGUGUCAGCAGAAUGAACUGCUCAAGGAUGAAGCGAGCAGUGGCUUGAGUAUUGAUAGUCUGAAAGGCCUACGAGUUUUACGGCUUUCCCAGUGCAACAAACUGUCUGACAUUUCACUGAUGUACGCUUUCAAACUCAUCGAGUUGAAGGAAAUUAAUCUGUCCAAAUGUCAACAAAUAUCAGUAGAAGGAAUUCGAUCUUUGGUGCACAACUGUCCGUCGCUUGAGAUUGUCGAUCUCAGCGAGUGUCACAACAUAAACGAUAAAGCCAUAGAACUUAUUGCAAUUCAUCUGAAACGGCUGCAAACGUUAUCCCUUGAUCGAUGCUUCCAGCUGUCGGAUUUUAGUUUAGAUUAUAUAGCGAUUCAUUGUAAGGCACUGCGCACGCUGGACGUACGUGGUUGCAGAAACAUGUGCGCAGAACCAAAUCUGCGUCUAGUCAACGUUCCCACACUCAGGACAGUACACAUGAGCAAACCGGGACCAUAUCUCGGGGAGCCCGGAUACUUUGUCAGAAAACCACCCCCACCACCGAUGCCGAGACGCAUUUAAUAUCUGCUUUUGCUCGAUGCAGGCGGUUUGUUGAUUGUUGUUUUAGUGUUGAUUAUUUAUUUUCUUUUAUACUAGAAUGAAUUUGUUGAAUUUUCUGCGAUCUUUAUGGUUAAGUUUAUGCAAACUACAAAGUAUUUUUGUAUCCUAACAAUAUGACUAAUAUAUAAUAUUUAUUACAUGAAGCAUAUGUUGACUAAUUUCCUCGUAUAAAACUGUCUGAUUUGAACUGCCAUCAAAAGAAACUAGGUAAUUGGGCCGCAUUCGUGUCCUUCAUCGCUACUCCAUUCAUUUCUUAUUUCUUGAAACCUCUGGAAUGAAGUUAAAAUCUGCUCAAGGUGUCGGCUCAAUUUAAUUUUCGGAUUGUGUUGAGCUUGGAACGUUCUUUUCGUUCUAAUAAAAAUGACAAUACAUAAGUUGUAUGUAACUGAAACAUAAUUAUUUUGCAUAUAGGCUCCAAACAAUGCGAGGAGACAUUAUUUACAUUUAAACUUAUAACAUAUCCAAUAAUUAUGUAUGUUUAUCCUGCACACUGUAAAUGACAGACCAAGCACUCCGAGCUUAUCUUGUAUACACCAUUACUAUAAACUUGUUCCAUUUUAAUUCAAGGCGUCAUUGCAAAAAACACUAAAUGCAAUAUAUUAGUAUCGCUGAAACUGCACAGAAUUUGUUUGGUUGCCCUCCAUACUCUUAAUUCAAAUCAAACAGGUACUGCCAUUACACUUUAGGCAUUUUAAUAAAAUAAUUUCACCAGAACCACAUAAUUGUACUUUUAUCUGUAGCCAUGUAGCAAAGGUAUGUGAAAAUAAUGAAGAGAAAAAACAUUGCUAAAUGACUGAGUAGCUAAAAUAUUAUUGUUCACGCAAAGAAACCGAUGCACGUUUAUUGUUUCUCAAAUUAAUAUAUGAACAUCCUAUCGUCAUGUGACUGCACAAAAUCAUUCACGAAUAAAUCUUUUAAGCCUCUGUACAUUCUAUUUCAAUGACUGAGCGGGUGCAGUUUAUCUAAUCGCAAAGACGGUAUGUUCCAAAUAUCACUGAUUUGGGACAAUGGACAUUGCCCAUGGGAUGAAGAGAGAACCUAGUUAUUUUGAAAAUACAGGAUAUAUA